GUAUACGACUCCUAGGUCUUUAGCACAAAUGUUUCAGCUCAUUGGAAAUGAUUUACACAACACAGAAACAGAUUCUCCCACAACAAAUGAAACCAUAUGUACACAGGCCACAGAAAACCAGAAAAGAACAAAGCUUGCAGCUACAACCAGUAAUGUGCAGAUUCAAAAUUAUGCUCCAAAAUCCCACAAUUUAGUUGAAGGCAAUAAUACCAGCGAUACCGUAGCCAUAACUUUGCCAGAUGUAUGCAACCGCUGUCAAAAGCCAUUUCAAACGCUGCUGGUACAUUUGUGCAGAUCAAAACAAUGUCAAUUACAUUACAACUUCCAAUCUUUGCAUCAAGAAGUAAUUGUGAAACACGCAGACCAAAAACAUGUAUGGCAAGGUCCUAAACGUCAAAAAAUGGAAAAACAUAACCAAACUGAGGUCAAUGUAGGCCUAAACCAUGUUGAACAACAACCUCUACCAUGUCAGAAAGCGAAAGAGGCCACUCCAAUUGAGGCCAGUGCAAUAAAGAUGAAUGUUACAAGGAAGAGACAGUUGCAGGGUAAUCCUGUAGAAGUCACAGGAAGAAAUGUUGCACCGUGUAAUGUAAAUAAAAACACACAAAGAGAUUGUCCCAGAACAAAUGAAACAAUAUGUAAGCAGGCCAAAGAAAACCACCAGAUUCAAAAUAUACGUCCUAAAUUCCACAAUCUACACGAAGCCAAUAAUACCAGUGAUACCAUAACAAUGACUUCCCUAGAUGUAUGCAAGGGCUGUCAAAAGCCAUUUCAAAGGCUGAUGCUACAUUUGAGCAGGUCAAUACAAUGUCAGUUACAUUACAACAUGUCUGAGAGCAACCCAACGAUGCCUAAUCCGAGUGCAGAUGAAGUUGUUUUUGUCAAUCAAAUGGAAAGCCCAUGUCUCACAUUCUCUCCUUUCACUAUGCAGCAAAAAAAAUCACUUUGUUCAAAAAUUAACAUCAUCCACAACUCACCUGAAUACGUUCAUACACAAGAACCAGUUCCAAGGAAUGUCCCAAUGAGUGAUCCUUGUGAGACAAAGGCUAUUGUAGGUGAUGGGAACUGCUUUUUCAGAGCUUUGUCAUUUUCCAUUAGUGCAACUGAAGGUCAUCACCGAAAAAUCCGACUAGCUGUGGUUAAACAUAUGGAAACAAACGCAUUACAGUAUGCUCCUAUUCUCCGACAUGGAUAUUUUUCUGUUGAAAACUAUGUAAAAGCAUCACGCAUGAAAUAUGUUCAAACUUGGGCAACUGAGGUGGAAAUACAAGCAGCUGCAGAUUUCUUCGGAGUUGAUGUUUUCACAUACAGUCACAACAAGUGGUUCAAGUAUUCCACAACAAAUGAAAAGACAAUUGACACAGCUAUAUACCUAAAACACUGCAACGCAUCUCAUUAUGAAGUAGUUACAUGCAUUAAGCAACACAAUUCUGACCUAUGCACUAAACUCUGCAAGAAAUCCAAUGACUGUCCACAGUCACAUCAGAUAAGCAGUUCUUCAAGUCGACGUGAGCUUGACAGAAAAAACAAGCAAUAUGAAGUGAACAAACAAUUCAGAGAUGCAAAAAAUAAAAGCGGAAUUAAAAGAUACAAUGAAGAUAAAAACUACAAGAAAACUAUCAAAGAACGCAGCAUAAACAAAUAUGCCACUGAUGCCCAAAACCAAACAAAUGUGAAACAGUACAGUGCACAGAAAUAUGCCAUUGAUGAACAACAUUGUGCAAAUAAGAAAAAGUGCAGCAUAGACAAAUAUGCCACUCAUGACCAACACCGUGCAAGUACAAAACAGUACAGUAUACACAAAUAUGCCUGAAAAAUAGUUACUGUGCUGGUGAAUGGAUAGUUCAAAACACUGUGGAGAGUCGGUCAGAACUCUGGCUUUGCUUCUUGGUGGGGUUCCAAUGACCAGGCCGUAGUUGCAAUGAAGGGUUUUAUUGGCAUUGAUCAAGGUGAAAUAGCUUUGUAUCUGGGUGUGUGUGGGUGUUUAUGUGUGUGUGGUCUGGUUUCAUGAACGCACAAAACACCUUAACUAGUCUUAUUACAGAAAACAGAACAGAGAACGUUAAGCUAAAAGUUCUUGUGAACUUGCGUUCGGCUAUGCUGUACCGGAGCUCCAGUUUUUUCCUCUAAUUUUCUUCUCGCGUGAUUCAGGAGGCACUCCCGCUUUCGGCCAGUGAUUGGUUAAUCAGUCUCCACCUCUUAAAGGAACAGGACAGCCUUUUUAACAGCCGCCCCCGAAUUCACAAGGUGAAUUCGAACAUCUAAAAAGGCCAUGGGGUCCCGACGAGCAGGCAAUGAUCAAUCCUCUUCUGGAAGGGCAGGCAGACUGAUGAGCCUCGCCACAGGCCGCGUGUAUGUCCUGUCCUUCACCAACACCUCAGCAGACCGCACCCGGUUGUCGGCCCCGGGGAAGACUUGAGUGACCUUACCUACAGGCCAGAGGGCACGGGGCAGCUGGUUGUCGAUAAUCAUUACAAUGUCCCCCACCUGCAGGUCAGCUGCUGUAUCAGUCCUCCAUUUCUGGCGAGCCUGGAGUCCCGGGAGAUAAUGCGUUAUAAAGUGUUUCCAAAAGUGGUCAGCCAGUAUCUGGCUAUGUCGCCAUCUUCGUCGGCCCAAAAUCUCAGGGCCCUCAUAGACAACUUGAGGUAGGGACGCGUCCCGCCGCCCCAUGAGGAGACAGUUGGGGGUGACGGGAUCCAGGUCCGCAACAUCUGAUGAGGUGUAUCCGAGAGGUUUUGAAUUAAGGAUCCCCUCAAUCUCAAUGAGGACAGUACGCAACACCUCUUCUGUGACUGUUUGGGCUCCUAUGGUGACCUGAAGCGCAGCUUUCAGGGAGCGGAUCUCUCUCUCCCAACAACCUCCAAAAUGUGGUGAGCCUGGUGGGUUGAAGGUGAACCUGAUCUGCUGGCUCGCGAGUUGAUCUUGGAGCUCGGGAUGGAGAGCUGUGAAUGCUUGCUGAAGCUCUCUUUGUCCUCCUCUGAAAUUUGUACUUUGAUCGCAUAGGAGCUCGUGGGGCCUUCCCCGCCGGGCUAUAAAGCGUCUCAGGGCCAUCAGGAACGCAUCAGUAUCUAUGCUGCUAAGGAGGUCUACAUGGACUGCUCUAGUGGUCAUACAUUUAAAUAGUAUCCCCCACCUCUUCUCAUUCCUGUGUCCAAUCUUAACGACGUAUGGCCCGAAACAGUCAACACCCGUGGAGUAAAAGGCGGGUUUAAAGAUACGCUGCCUUGCUGGGGGGAGGUCGGCCAUCUUGGGUGGAUCUGGACGCCCUCUCCACUUCCUGCACCCAGCACACUUUCUCUGGUGGUGGCGCACUGCCUCGCGCCCAUGCAGCACCCAAUAACGUCUCCUGAUUUCUGCGAACACCCUCUCUUGACCAGGGUGAUGGAGCUUGUCAUCAUAAUCUUGUAUGAUCAGCCUGGUGAGGGGGUGCUGAAGGUCAAGGACGAUGGGAUGAAUCACGUCUAAUGUGAGGUCGCUGCUGCGGCGAAGACGGCCACCCACUCGGAUGAGUCCCGUUGCCUCGUCGAGCUCUGGGGCGAGUGGUAGGAGACGACUAGAUUUUGUCACUGGUUUACCUGCCUUCAGCUGGGCUACCUCAUCAGGAAAGGAGUCUCCCUGUGCGUGCCGCAGGGCUUCCAGUUCAGCAACGGCAUAGGCAUCAGCUGGGAUGGGGGCUGCAGCGUCUGCCGCCCCAUGAAGUUGGCGGGCAGUAACUUCCAAAUACUCACUCAGGGUCUGGUGUUGCUGUGGAUCUGGCAGGGAAUGGACUGAGGUUGCCAGGACAGUAACAGCAGGU